AUGGCUAAGAAAAGAAAGGCCAGUGGGGCCGCGUUGGCUCAUAGGAGUAAAAAUCCAGCACAAAACGAAAAUUCCAAGUUUGCGGCAGAUGCGAGAUUUGAGAACUCCGAAGAUGAAUUCGAGACUGGACGGGAUCGCAUCUUGCUUGAAGAGCGCCCCGAGGUGAAGCGAAGGCGCAAACUAGAAGAAGACGAACAAUUUUUGCAGGCUUCAGACGAAGAAGUUCACGCCUAUCAAUCCGCGUCCGAAGAUGAAGAUGAUUACGAUUAUGGGGAUGAAGAGGAGGAGGUCGAGGAGGAAGACACAGCCACACGUCCGAACAAGAAGACUCCCAAAUUACGACGCCGCGAAGAACUAAGCCCGGAUUUCCUUGAUGAGCGCAAAGAUGUGGAGGAGGACGAAGAGGAAGGAAUUACUGGAUGGGGCGCCUCAAAAUCGGACUACUACAAUGCUGAUACGAUUGAGACCGAGGGGGACGCACUGGAAGAAGAGGAGGAAGCCAAGAAGAUUCAGCAAAAGAAACUGCAGGCCAUGACGGAUGCUGAUUUUGGAUUCGAUGAGUCGGAAUGGCUUGACAGUACUAAAGGGGAUGUAGAAGUGUCCAAAGAUGCCAAUAAGCAUGGCAAGGUUAUUACAGAGGUUUUGCCGGAAUUGCAAAUACCAGAUGACAUGAGCGCGGGCGAGAGGAUAGAAAUCUUAUCCAAACGGUAUCCCGAGUUCGGACCUCUAUCGAAGGAUUACGCAGACCUCCAGCCACAGUAUCAAGAAUUGUCUUCAGUGGUUAAUGAGGUCCAGAAGUCUCGUGAAGGAAGCUCUAGCGACGUCACGCCACUCUCAGUGCUUCAAUUCCGUGCCUUAUCUGCCUAUCUCGGGGUCAUUAGCAUGUAUUUCGUGCUCCUGACUUCACCUGCCCGCGACGGGGCUGGAAACUGUUUGGCUUUACCACCAGCAGAACUGAGGGAACACCCUAUUAUGGAAGCACUGGUUGCCUGCCGGAAGCAAUGGGAAAGGGUUAAGGAUCUACAGGAGAUAGAACCCGAACUAUCGGAGUCUAGUGACUUAGAGGAAGAUGAAGUUGUUGUCCCCGUUCUAACGAAAAAACUUAUCAAAGAAAAAUCUUCCAAGGUAUCCAAGGUCAUCAAGAUAUCCAAAAAAUCUAGGGCGCAGAAGUUGGCGGAAGAUGUACAUGCGAUCGCCGAAUCACAGCGGGCUGCAAGACUUAGCAAGACUGAACUCGGCCUCCAAGAGCUCUCCAGACUCCUUGAGCAGGGAGGCUCAGCGAAGGCCACAUCGCAACGAGACUCACGACUUCAAGACGAGGACUCGGACUCGGACUUUGGAGACGAAACAAAACUCACUGCCCAUGAAGCCGCUGAAAAGGCAAAGAAAAAGAAAUCGUUACGCUUCUAUACCUCACAACUUGCACAAAAGGCAAACAAACGCGAUGCUGCAGGCAGACACGCUGGUGGUGAUACGGAUCUCCCGUAUAAAGAACGAAACAAGGACCGCCAGGCCCGCCUUAAUGAGGAAGCAGAGAGGAGAGGAAGAAGGGAAGCGAACGAGAACGAGCGUCUUGGUGGUGAUAGUGAUGAAGAAGACCACAGGAUUGCCGGAGAAGUCCGAGGUGAUCAGAACGACUCCAACAGUGAUGAUUAUUACGAUAUGAUUUCAUCACGCAACAAGGAGAAGAAAGCAAACAAAAAGGCACUUUCGGAAGCGCAAGCUAUUGCCGCUAAGGAAGGCGGUCAUGUUGAAAUCCAGGAGCAGAUUGGACCUGACGGCAAACGUGCCAUCACCUAUGCCAUUGAGAAAAAUAAGGGGCUAGCGCCGAAGAGGAAUAAGGAUGUACGAAAUCCUAGGGUGAAGAAGAGGAAGAAGUUCGAGGCCAAGAAGAAGAAGCUCGGAAGUAUGAAACAGGUUUAUAAGGGCGGCGAGGGCCGUGGUGGAUAUGGCGGAGAGCUGACCGGUAUCAAGAAGAACCUGGUGAAGAGUGUAAAAUUAUAA